AGCAAAGCGGAGAGGGAGAACAGAGGGAGACAGAAAAAAAGUCGUUAUGUCCUUCUUUGUGUGUCCCAUUCAGUGAGCACGGCGCGUCCCAGAUAAUGUCCGAGGAUGUCCAUUUCUGGAACUCUGAGCAACUAUUACGUGGACUCCAUCAUAAGUCACGAGAGCGAUGAACUCUCGACCCCCGGACGGUUUUCCAGCCUUCAGUACUCCGGCCCGGGCUCCGCCGGAGGCGCAGCGGCAGCAGGAGGAGGAGGAGGAGGAGGAGGUGGUGGUGGUGGGAGGCCGACCGGCGGAGGAGCGCACUCCGAGCAUCCCAAUCCGGAGUCGUACCCGUCCUGUAGCUUCCAGCCCAAACCCCCGGUCUUCUCCUCCUCCUGGAGUCCCUUCAGCCCGCACCACGCCGCCAGCGGCUUACCGGCGGUCUACCACUCCUACAUCCCGGCCCAGCAUGUGCCCUCCGCGGACACGCGCUACCUCCGCUCGUGGCUGGACUGCGCGCCGCGAGGCUCCGAGUCCGUCCCGGGACAGGGCCAGGCCGGCCAGGUCAAGCUGGAGCCCCUCCUCGGCCACCUCGGCGGGGAGAUGCCGCCGAAAGUCGGAGGCCAGCACCAGCACGAGACCGCCACGUACCUCCUGGAGUCGUCCACGGCGGGCCGGGAGCUGAGCCACCACCCGGCCGCCGCGGCCGGCGCCGGCUACGGCGACAGUAAGGACACUUGCGAAGCGAGCGAGGACAAAGACGGGCCGGAUCAAAACGACCCCUCCGCCAACUGGCUGCACGCGCGCUCCUCGCGGAAGAAGCGCUGCCCGUACACCAAGUACCAGACGCUCGAGCUGGAGAAGGAGUUCCUCUUCAACAUGUACCUCACGCGGGACCGGCGGCACGAGGUGGCGCGCGCGCUCAACCUGACGGAGCGGCAGGUGAAGAUCUGGUUCCAGAAUCGGAGGAUGAAGAUGAAGAAGCAAACCAAGGACCAACCGAAAGACUAG